AUGCCAUUGCGAAGCGUCACCGGCGUUGGUUUCAUCGUGCAUCCAUCUGUCGUCCAUCUCGUCGAUUCUCAUGAGGCGCAGUCUCCUGGCUUUGCCAUCCUACGCCUACGACAUUCGCGCCUGAAGACAAUCUCUAUCGUUAACUGCUACUCUCCUUCCUCUACAUCUAACGGAGUAGAGAUCGAUGCGUCCUACGACCAACUUGAGGAAAUCAUUCACAACGAAAAGACCUUUUGCAAGUUUGUUGUUGGAGAUUUCAACGCUAGGUCUGGCGAAGCACAAGAGGAGGGGUUCGGGAUUUGA